AUGGAAACGCCAAAGGACGCUGAUGACAUCACGGACAUCGAGGCCAGCAUUGUCCGGGAGAGGUGGGACAGGGGCGCCGCGCCCACCCCCGCGCCCUGUCUGGCAGGGUGCGUGGAAGAUCUCGAUGACGUCGUGAAGCAAGGCCUGGCCGUGUUCGGAUUUUCCUCCUUCAGACCCGGGCAAGAGAAAAGUGUGUCAAGGAUUUUACAAGGGUUAUCCACCCUUGUGGUACUCUCCACGGGAGGAGGGAAGAGUCUCUGUUACCAACUACCCGCCUACCUGUACGCCCAGCACCUCAAGGCUAUCACGCUGGUCAUCUCCCCUUUGGUGUCGCUGAUGGAGGAUCAGAUCACCGGUCUCCCUCCCGGGGUCCACGGCGCGUGCCUCCACUCCAGCAUGACCAAACAGCAACGGGACAACGUCAUCACCAACCUCAAGGACGGACGCGUCCAUUUUCUUUUGGUCUCCCCCGAGGCCAUUGUGGAGAGGGGCGGGGCCACCAUGGGCUCGUUCCCCACCCCGGACAAGUUGCCGCCCAUCGCCUUCGCCUGUAUUGAUGAGGCUCACUGCCUGUCGGAGUGGUCGCACAACUUCAGGCCGUCGUACCUGAGGCUGUGUAAAGUCCUCCGCGAGCGCUACGGUGUCACGUGUUUUCUGGGGCUGACGGCCACGGCCACCAGGGCCACGGCCAGGGACGUGGCCCGGCACCUGGGGAUCGAGGACGCCGAGACGGCCACCAUCCGGGGCGCGCCCGUCCCCCGGAACUUGACCCUGUCGGUGUCCCGGGAUGAGAACAAGGACGAGGCUUUGAUUAACCUUCUGAAAGGGGAGAGGUUCAAAUCCUGUGAGAGCAUCAUCAUCUACUGCUCACGCAGGGAGCAGACCAACAGGGUGGCCACGCUGAUACGCACGUCCAUGCAGAGCAGCGUCGAUCUGAAUG